GCGGGGCAGGCGUCUCCAGAUGCUAUGCCUCGGGAAGUGCAGCAGCAGGUGGAUGCGCUGGCGCGGCAGCGCUUGGAGCAAGCUUUCGGCUCUGUGUUCGGCAAGGUGUUGCUGGCCACGGAGCGUGCCGCGAAUACGGCCGAGGCUCAGGCUGCUGUUGUGAAGCAGGACCAGCAGGAUGAACUCAAGACGUGGCGCGAGUGGCAAUUUCAGUUCCUGACUUGGCUCUCGGCACAUGACGCAAAGUUUUCGGAGGACUUGGCUGGCAUCGACCCCGAAAUUGCGGAGGACCAUGCCUUGAUGGACGAGGCCAAGGUCCAGAGGUCGCAGAUGCUUUUUGGCAUUCUUGUUUCGCUUUUGCGGGGCCGACCUUUGCUGCUGGUCAAGGGCCUUGAGAAGGAACGUGCUGGCUUUGAGGCAAUGCGCCUGUUGAGGCGCGAGAUGGAGCCGAAAGAGAGACCGAGGGCCCUGGCCAUCAUGAGACAGCUUGCUGGCUGGACCUUCUACGGCAACCUCCACGAGCAGCUCAUGCAGUUCGAGGAGGCAGUCUCAAGCUAUGAGGCGGUGAACACGCCAUGGAGCACCAGCCUGAGCGUUCGAGGCACCCCGAAAGAGCAUGCAAGCGGUGGCCCUCAGCCAAUGGACGUGGACCAAGUCUGGACCAAAGGCAAGGGCAAAGACGGCAAGGGCGAGAAGGGCGACAAGGGCAAAGGCAAGGGCGGCACAGGCAAGGACGGCAAGGGCAAGAAGAGGGAUAAAAGACAAAGUCAGCGGAAGGAGCCGUGGCUGGACCAAUGGAACCAGCAAGGGGGACGAGGACAGUGGAAGCAGCAAGGCCAGAACCAGUGGAACCAGCAAGGUAGACAAGGACAAUGGAAGCAGCAACGCGGAGCUGGGAAAGGAAAAGGGAAGUGCCACACCUGCGGCCAGAGUGGGACGCUGGAAGUGGGAAUGCCCUUUCAAUGGCAAGG